CUUUACGUAGCCAAAAAAAAAACUCGACAUCAUUGAGAGCCUUUUCUAAUCAUUUGAAUAAAGAAACAUAUUCCGUUUAAUGUUAAAAUAAUUAUUGCUUGCCAUCUUAAGCUUGCUGAAAGAGGAAAUUCGCCUCUGCGCAGCUCUUGCAUUGAAGCAUUCAUAUCCUGUCGAUUUUUUCCGCCCCGCAUCAGGAGAAGAAAUAAGCCACCGACGGCUUUUCGCUUUCUGAUGGAUCUGCCUUAUUUCUGACCUCUAAUAUAAUUUUAGAAGCUCAAAAAAAUAGUUGUAACUGAUCUAUUUUCGUAACUAAUACCAAUCUGUAGAUCAUGGGUAAAGCAAGAGAGAAAAAGAACUCCAAAGGUCGUUUGGAUAAGUACUAUCACUUGGCCAAAGAGCAAGGUUAUCGUGCUCGUUCGGCUUUCAAGUUGAUUCAAUUGAAUAAAAAAUUCAACUUUUUGGAAAAGUCUCGAGUUCUUAUUGAUCUGUGUGCUGCUCCUGGUGGUUGGUUACAAGUUGCUACAAAAUAUAUGCCUCAGCAGAGUUUAAUUAUUGGUGUCGAUCUUGCGCCCAUUAAGCCGAUUCCUGGUGUGAUUACUUUCCAAGAUGAUAUUACAACGGAAAGAUGUAGACAAAAUCUAAGACAAGAAAUGAAGACUUGGAAAGCCGAUGUUGUGCUUCAUGAUGGUGCUCCUAAUGUCGGUAAAGCAUGGAUUCACGAUGCCUUCUCUCAAUCAGAGCUUGUACUUGUUUCACUCAAAUUAGCUACUGAGUUCUUGUCAAAGGGUGGUAUUUUCGUCACCAAAGUGUUUAGAUCAAAAGAUUACAACAAAUUGCUCUGGGUAUUUCAACAAUUGUUUCGUAAAGUAGAAGCAACGAAACCCCCCUCUUCCCGUAAUGUGUCUGCAGAAAUUUUCGUUGUGUGUCGAGAUUAUAUUGCGCCUAAAAGAAUUGAUCCUCGUAUGUUGGAUCCUAAGGCUGUUUUCUCAGACGUGGGUGCUGAAGAGCCCAAAAAAAUGACGGAUAUUUUCAAGCCUGAAAAGAAGCAUCGUCAAAGAGAAGGUUACGAGGAGGGCGAUUAUACCUUGCACAAAAAGAUCGAUGUCAUGGAAUUUAUCAGAUCGCAAGAUCCUAUUCAUACGCUAGGUUCCUACAAUCAAUUUACAUGGGAUUCAGACGAAGCGAAAGAACUGCUCAAGCGUGAUAUUACAACAGAGGAUGUCAAGGUGAAUUGUGAAGAUUUGAAGGUUUUGGGCAAGAGUGACUUCAAGACAUUGUUGAGAUGGAGAAGUGCGCUCCGUGAAGAAUACAAGAUGGAUAAGAAAGAAGAAGAAGAAAGUAAAAUGGAGGAAGCUAUGGUAGAAGCGGAAUCGAUGGAUGAGGACGAAAUGCUAGAAGCUGAACUAGCCCAUUUGACAAAGGAAGAAGCAGCCAAAAAGAAGAGAGAAAAAAGAAAGGCCAACGAGAAGAAAAUGAAGCUGAUUCAACGUAUGCAAUUGAAUAUGAUUGUACCGACGGAUAUUGCUUUGGACGAGAAUCAUGUUGGACAAGAUGAGAUUUUCAAUAUCAAAAAGAUCAAACAAGACGAGUCACUUGCUAAACUGCAAGAGGGGGACAUGUCUUUUGCCGAUGCAUUAGAAGACGAGGAGGAAGAGGGUGAAGAUGAUAUUCAAGUAGAUAAUGCCAAGCUCAAAGGACGUAUUAGAGAAAUGGACUAUGACAUUGAUAAUGACGAGGCAGUGGACAGUGACGAAGAAUAUGAGCGUGAUCUCGAAGCUCAAAUGGACGAAGAGUAUGCUCGCUACAAGCAAAGAAGGGCUGAAAAGGAUGCCAAAUUCAGAGCGAAGCAAGUGCGCGAAGAGCAAGACGAAUGGACGGGCUUUGACGACGGGAAAGAGAAAGAUGUGGAAACCAAAGAUUCUCGGUUCAACUCUGACUCAGAUGCAUCGUCUUCUGAUGAAAGCGAUCAUGACACAGCUUCUGAUUCUUCGUCUGACGAUGACAGCGACAGUGAGAACGAGACAUUAGAAAAGACGAUUCAAACAGCUGUAGCUAAAUCGAUGAAGACAGGCACCACGGUGACAAAGAGCAAGAAGUCUGGCAACUCGCUCAUGAAUGAUUUAGGGGAGAAGGCGGCGUUAUCAAAAAAGACAUCCAGCGGGCUCACAACAGCCGCUGCUAUGUUCUUCGAUCAAGAUAUCUUCCAUGACGCUGAGUUGGAUGAUAUUGUUGAUAAAGAAGAAGCAGAAGACUCGAGUGACGAUGAGGAAUUCAUUAGAGAACAGUCAAGAAAGAGAAAGAGACAACAAGAGGAUGAAGGUAGUAGCAACGAAGAAGAGGAAGAGGAAGCCGACAGUGAUUUUGAAAUUGAACAAAUGGAGGAGGAUGCUCCAUUGGACGAAGAACGUUGGGACGGUAAAGCAGAUGAGAACUCGAAAGCGAUGAAGGAGGCAAUAGAAAAGGGCCUGACGACACCGGAAGCGAUGACGCUAGCUCGACAAUUAGCCAACAAAGAGAAGACAGUGCAAGAUUUGAUCGAUGAAGGUUUUACAAAGGAAGCAUUUAGAGAUAAGGACGGACUUCCUAGUUGGUUUUUGGAUGAUGAGAAACAUCACAAUAAACCCAAUUUACCGGUGACGAAAGAAGCGAUGGAUCAAUUACGUGCGAAACUGAAGGCUCUUAAUGCUCGUCCGAUCAAGAAAGUACAAGAAGCCAAGGCACGUAAGAAAUUCAAGGCUGCGCAAAGACUUGCUAAAGCGCAAAAGAAGGCUACUGAUAUUGCUGAGAACCCAGAUAUGACAGAAAAAGAAAAGGCAAAGAAUAUUACAAAACUGAUUGCCAGAGCAUCCAAGUCUAAGCCAAAGAAAGAAGUGAAAGUGGUUGUGGCGAAAGGUGCUAAUCGCGGUAUUAAGGGCCGUCCCAAGGGUGUCAAGGGCCGCUAUAAGAUGGUAGAUGGUGUGAUGAAGAAUGAAAGAAGAGCGCAGAAGAGAAGAGAAAAGAAGAUGAAGAAGGGUAAACGUCAUUAAGUAGCUCACUAUUAGAUACUAUACAUAUGUAAAUAAUACCACAGUAAUAAACAUUCUCUGUUUGUUCUAUUUUGCUUUUUUUUUACGUACAUAACUCAACUGUAAACUAAUAAACACUCGAUUCUGCUUUUAAUACC